UCCCAUAAUUCCUACAAUCAUGGCGACUGGGUUUGAAAUCCACGAUUUGGUGUGGGCGAAGAUGAAAGGAUUCCCUGCAUGGCCAGGAAAGAUUAUUGAGCCAAAACCUGAAGUUAAAAGACCUGCAAACAACAAGAAAGUGCACCACUUUAUAUUUUUCUUUGGAUCUGAAAACUAUGCCUGGAUUCCAGAAGAAAACAUUUACCUCUACAGUGACCACAGAGACAAGUUCAAGCUGGAAAAACGAAUUCCUAAAGGCUUCAAAGAGGCUUUGGAAGCUAUUGAAGAUGAGCUCAAAGAAAAACCUUUCAUUAAAACUUUUAAGACAAAAGAGUUACCAUCCAUAGAUGAGGAACUGGCCCAGAUAUUUCCUGGGAAACCCUCGGGAAGUCCACAGAAGGAUUACACCAGGGAACCACUGAAGGGCAAGAAGAAAAAGAGAACAGAUGCAGGAAAAGAUGGCAAUAAGUCCAUGGAGACACAAAAUACAGUGAGGAGGAAGAGGAUGUCUAAUUCAGAUGACAACCCUAAACCAAAGAAAGCCAAAGUCAUCGCUAAAGUGACUGGUUCUCCCAGUAAAAUCACUCUCUCACCAGAUCACAAGCUAAAGCCCAAGAUUAGAGCAGAGCUGCCAUCCCCGAGGCCCGAGCACAACCUGCCCAUGUCCCCACCCAGCCACAGCUACAUCCAGGCCUCCCUGUCUCCCGGCAAUGCAUCAGCCUCCACCCAGAUAGAGGAAACCCUUCUCAAGGUCAAACCAGUCGCCAAACCUUCAAUCAUACCCACCCCUAUGAGGAUUGGCUUCCUGGGGCUAGGAAUCAUGGGGCAAGGCAUGGUCAUGAACCUACUGAGGUCAGGUCAUGAGGUCACAGUGUGGAACAGAACAGCACUCAAGUGCAGAGAUUUUGUAAAAUCUGGGGCAUUCAAGGGAAAUAAUCCUGCAGAAGUUGUUCAGUCAUGUGACAUUACAUUUUCCUGUGUGGCAGAUACAACAGCAGUCAAAGAUUUGGUAUUUGGAAAUUAUGGGGUGCUGCAAGGAAUUUCCAAGGGAAAAUGUUACGUGGAGAUGUCUACAAUUGAUGAGGAAACAAUGCAAGAUGUUGCUGAGGCGAUAACAGCUCGAGGUGGCGUGUUUUUGGAGUCGCCGGUGGUGGGUAGUCGAGUCCCCGCCUUGGAGGGUCAGCUCAUCAUCCUAGCUGCUGGGGAGAGAAAGCUCUAUGAUGAAUGCUACUCAUGUUUUGAGGCUAUUGGAAAGAAAUCUCUGUAUUUAGGAGCAGACAUAGGAGCCGCCACCAGGAUGAAGCUGAUUGUCAACAUGGUGAUGGGGACCGUGGUCGCUGGACUGGCAGAGGCCAUGGCCAUGGCAGAAAAAGUAGGACUAGACCAGGAAGACGUGGCAGAGGUUCUCUCAGUGGGUGCCCUCUCGUGUCCAACAGUCAUUCACAAAAGUCAGGCAAUUCUUAGCCAGCGAUAUGACCCCCACUUCCCACUACAGCAUCAGCAGAAAGAUCUGAGACUAGCCCUGCUGCUGGGAGAUAAAGUAGAACAGCCACUAUAUGUGGCAUCUGCAGCAAAUGAGCUAUACAAGAAGGCUCGGAGACUUGGAUAUGGAGAGAGUGACAUUUCUGCUGUUUAUCGUGCUGCUAGCAACUGAAAUUUUAGUGAGAAAGGCUUGUGAGGAUUUGUUCAAUGUCACCUGACAUACAUGUAGCCGUGGACCAGUGGCUGCUGUCAUGUGACCUCAGUGUGCAAUGAACGGGGUGAUUAUAUCUGCGUAAAGCACCACUAGCAGUCUUCAUAAUGAAGAACACAGUGCAAAACUUCAAUUCUUCUGUGAAGAAAACUUAAUCACCGCUACUGUCAUUAGUCUGUGUUUGAUACAUCCAGCAUUUUACUUCAUACAUCAUAGAUAUGCUCUGAGAGGGACCAUGGUAACUCUUCAUAAAGGAAGGUUUUAGAAAUAUUUUAUUAAAAAAAGUUUAUCACUUUUAAUCUGUUCAGCUGUUUGUAUCAAUUUUGAUCAAGUUUUACACCAAUUUGUCCCCCCUUUUAUUGAUAUUGAGUCAUUUGUUUCCCUCUCGAUUUUUAUAAACCAACAUUUAUUGAGGUCAAAGUACAGGUCAAUUGGAACCCUGUCUGAUAAUAGUGAUAUUUGAUCAUUAAGACAACUACAGUGUCAGGAGGCACCUGCAUUUGAGUUGUCAGUAUUAACCUACAGGUAAUGAAAUUUCAGUUGGCAUUGUUUGUUACCUCCCUGUAUUAUUCAACCAGAUCUAAAAUGACAUGGCAGCUAUUCUGGCUUGUAUCCUGUGUGCUGUACUGAUCAAGUUGGUUGUCUUCAAAUGUUAUCUUAACUUUGUAUUGUAUGUAUAACAAUAAUGAAAAUGAUUCUUAACAAAUUUGAUUACAAUCUAUACUUAAUUCAGUGAUUUGAGGUGAUUUAUUAACUUUAGCAUCAUGUUAUUUGUCAUUAAUUCAAUUUAUAUUGAAUAUCAUGGUGAACUAAUUUGUAUGUUAAGAGAAUGAAAGGGUGUCAUUUGGACUCUGAUUUAAGCAUGGAGACUGUUGUAGUAUGUUUUAUAGAAUUCUGGGAGGUCUUGCUUGUUUGUUUUGUUUUUUCUUCCCCUCAAAUCCUGGAAUUAAAUUUGUUGUUUUAUGUAGAACUAUGUGAUGAAGGUCUUUGUAUGAAUCUAUGUAUUUGUAGUAUUGAACAUAAAUGUAUGCUAAGUUUUGUAUAUAUAGGUGUAGCUUGUUGUAUUGCAGUCAUAAAACCCAUACAAUUUCAUGUGUAUUCAUCAACAUUCAGUUAAAACCUCAUUGAAUAUGAAUGGAAAUGAAAUAAAGUUAUGAUAAGAUAAAAUGAAA